AAUUAACGCCAUCUAGGGACAAUCCUCCAUAUUACUAGUAUUUUGACAUUUCAAAACCAUCGUUUGUUUGUAUUCAUUCUUAAAAUCAUCAAAUUUUACAAAAAAUAAGUUUAAUAGCACCAAAUAACCCAUCAAAAUACAUUUUUGAACGUGCAAAGUACCUAUUCAAAGUGAUUUUAGAUCCCACGAAAAGAUUUUUACUCCACAAGUGUAUCAAAGAAGUUUUUAUCGAAACAUAACCUCACUUUUUUUAUUGAGAAUUUGGGGCGAUUCAUCAAAAUAAAGUUGAAAAAACUUGGAAUUAAUAAAUGCGAAAUUGGUUUGUAUCGGAUAUUUUCUUCAUGUUACACCUCAAUUGGAUCAUCUUUACGCCGGGAUUUAGUAAGAUAAAAAUUGUAAGCGGCGAUCUUGAUUUGGUAAUUUUUCAUACGAGUGAUGCCCACGCUCGAUACGAAGCGAGGUUGGACUCAAUAACCGGAAAAUAUUUCGGCGGGGUAGCCAGAGUUGCUUAUACAAUUAAAGCGGCAAGAAAAAAAUAUAAGGAAGGUGAUGGGCCGCCAAUUUUAUAUCUCGAAGCUGGGAAUAUGUUCACCGGAAGCAUUUGGUUUUUGGUUCAUUCAUAUGAAGGAGUGGCAAAAAUUUUAAACGAAUUACAACCCGAUGCUUUUAACAUCGGUGCUCAUGAAUUCGACCUAAAAAUCGAGGGGUUAACAAAUUUUACAAAACUCGUUAAUUUUCCUUUAAUUAACACCAACAUAAGAUGGAACGAUGAAGUUGAACCAAAAAAAAAAAUUAAAUCUUCAAUUAUUAAGGUUAUUGAUGGUGUUAAAGUGGGAAUCGUUGGGUAUCUUCGUUCUGAAUUAAUACUUUGGGCGGAAAAAGGAAGCAUCGACGUCCUCGACAUCAUAACGGAACUAAAAAAAGAAUGUAACCGAUUAACUUACGAAGAAGACGUGAAGGUGAUCAUCGCUUUAGGGCAGGCUCAUUUCGACACCGACAUAAUAAUAGCUUAUGCGGUUGAACAGAUUGAUUUGAUCGUUGGGGGUGGCUCAAAUACAUUCUUAUAUAACGGCAUUCCACCAGAUACAGAAAUUCCUAUUGAGUCGUACCCCACAACAGUCACAAGAAGAGAUGGUAGCUUAGCCUUAAUCAUCCACGCUUAUCAUUCAUUAAAAUACAUCGGAAAAUUGAAUCUCCGAUUUACAGAGGAUGGACUAAUCAAAGGAUUUUAUGGAUCUCCAAUAUUAUUGGAUGCGAAUAUCUCGGAGGAUCCGGAAAUGACGGAAUUAGUCGACGAAAUGAAAACAAGUAUUUUAGCUUUCGAUCAACGGUUUUUAUCAAAUUGUCACGUUUAUUUAGAUGGCACAACCUGUCAAUAUCAAGAAUGCAAUUUUGGAAAUCUCGUUGUGGAUGCCUUCGUUGAGUAUAGAGCGAAACAAUAUCAAGGUCCCGGAUGGACGGACGCCGCUGUUGCGUUAAUGAACAGCGAUUCUUUAAUUUCAGACAUAAACGCCCCAAAAAAUGGUAACAAAAUAUAUUACGGCGAUGUAAUGAGAGCGUUACCGUAUUCGGAAAUAAUUUACAUAGUUGAAAUUAAAGGAGCCGAUCUUUUAGGUAUUCUAGAAAUUAGCACGGCUCAUUUAGACCUGUUAAGAUCAAAAAAGGGUGAUAUGCUUUUAACGGCCGGCUUAAAGAUUAUGUUUGACUUAGAGAGUCGUUUUGGAGAAAGAGUUAAAUUGGUUAAGGUUAGAUGCGGUGAAUGUGACGUCCCGGAAUAUUUUCUUUUAGAAUUAGAAAAACGCUACAAAGUGAUUAUCACCAGUUAUUUAUUGAAAGGUGAUGGUGUUUUUACGAUUAUUCGAGAUGUUGUUUGGAAUCCGAUUCCGAUUGGGAAAAGAGAUGUGGGUAUCAUGAUUGAUUAUCUUCAAAGAGCUAGUUAUAUUAUUCCGGAAGUGGGUGGGAGAUUACUACCAUAUGAUAGGCGAUUACUUCAAGUUAAAUCUAAUUGUUUUAGUUUUCGAAAUAAUUUUAGUUAUUUUCUUUUACUUUUAACACUGAUGAUAACAUAAAAAAGAUAGGUUAUGAUGUCUCUAUUAUAGUUUUUUUCCCCCCGUUGUGUUGUAUAUAUUAGAGCUAUUAAGGACUAUUAAUUAAUGUUAUUUAAAUCAAAAAUCAAUCAUUAAGUGCCAUUAUCUGUUUACUUUUUAAUUUAUUCAAUAACUUACUCAAAUAAAUGAGAUUUAUUUAUUUUUAUCUUGACAGUCGAAAAAAUGAUGGUAAAUUUUUUAUGAAGGAACCUACAUAGGCCGUGCGACUACAAACAUGUGCAUUUACAAAUUGUAAAUAUUAUAAAUAAUGAGGAUAAAAUGAAUGUGUAAAACGUAUAACGUAGCCGUUUUAAUAAAUUUACGAAAAAUAUUAACAAAAUUAAAUGAUGUAAAACACGUUGAAAGACUAACUUAUGAAUGUAUCGUUUCGUUCUUAUUUUUAUUGCGUACAGAAGGCAUGUAAUGUGUAUAAAUCAAUAUAGUUUAUAAUAGAGAUAUUA